GGCGCGGAGCGGGUGCCCGGCGCGGAGCGAGCGAGCGAGCGCAGCCAUGCCCCAGGCCGCCUCCGGGGCAGCAGCAGCGGCGGCCGGGGCCGGGGCCGGGGCCGGGGGCGCCGGGGGGCCGGCGGCGGCCCGGGUGGGACGAUGAAGCGGCAGAACGUGCGCACGCUGGCGCUCAUCGUGUGCACCUUCACCUACCUGCUGGUGGGCGCCGCGGUCUUCGACGCGCUGGAGUCGGAGCCGGAGAUGCUGGAGCGGCAGCGGCUGGAGCUGCGGCAGCGGGAGCUGCGGGCGCGCUACAACCUCAGCCAGGGCGGCUACGAGGAGCUCGAGCGCGUCGUGCUGCGCCUCAAGCCGCACAAGGCCGGCGUGCAGUGGCGCUUCGCCGGCUCCUUCUACUUCGCCAUCACCGUCAUCACCACCAUAGGCUACGGCCAUGCAGCGCCCAGCACGGACGGCGGGAAGGUGUUCUGCAUGUUCUACGCGCUGCUCGGGAUCCCGCUCACGCUCGUCAUGUUCCAGAGCCUGGGCGAACGCAUCAACACCUUCGUGAGGUACCUGCUGCACCGCGCCAAGAAGGGGCUGGGCAUGCGGCGCGCCGACGUGUCCAUGGCCAACAUGGUGCUCAUCGGCUUCGUGUCGUGCAUCAGCACGCUGUGCAUCGGCGCCGCCGCCUUCUCCUACUACGAGCACUGGACCUUCUUCCAGGCUUACUACUACUGCUUCAUCACGCUCACCACCAUCGGCUUCGGCGACUACGUGGCGCUGCAGAAGGACCAGGCGCUGCAGACGCAGCCGCAGUACGUGGCCUUCAGCUUCGUCUACAUCCUCACGGGCCUCACGGUCAUCGGCGCCUUCCUCAACCUCGUGGUGCUGCGCUUCAUGACUAUGAACGCGGAGGACGAGAAGCGCGACGCCGAGCACCGCGCGCUGCUCACGCGCCACGGGCAGGCGGGCAGCGGCGGGCUGGGCGGCCUGAGCUGCCUGAGCGCGGGCGUGGGCGUGGGCGUGGGCGUGGGCGACAGCGUGCACACCACCGACACCGCCUCGUCCACGGUGGCGGCGGGCGCGGGCGGCGCGGGCGGCUUCCGCAACGUCUACGCCGAGGUGCUGCACUUCCAGUCCAUGUGCUCGUGCCUCUGGUACAAGAGCCGCGAGAAGCUGCAGUACUCCAUCCCCAUGAUCAUCCCGCGGGACCUGUCCACGUCCGACACGUGCGUGGAGCAGAGCCACUCGUCGCCGGGAGGCGGCGGCCGCUACAGCGACACGCCCUCCCACCGCUGCCUGUGCAGCGGGACGCAACGCUCGGCCAUCAGCUCCGUGUCCACGGGCCUGCACAGCCUGUCCACCUUCCGCGGCCUCAUGAAGCGCAGGAGCUCCGUGUGACCUCCGCGGGGCCUGGCGCCCCUUCGAGCAGGGCGGGGGCUCGGCGUGGUGCGGCAGGGAUCGGCCGGGAGCGCCCCCCACUGGAGCCGUCUGCGGCCCGUGGGACUCCCCCAGGGCCCCCACUUCUGUCCCCCAGCCCCCAUCUCCGACUGUGCCUGCUCGCACCAGCUGGCAGGGGGCCGGGCUCCGAGGACCCGGGGGCCCCCCCUCAUCCAAGCCCUGCAAAUUCCAAGAAAUGUGAAACUUAGGGGAAGGGGGUCGAGGAGGGAAGGCAGAAGCUGGGAGCCUCUGGUCCUUUUGGAAAUCCAAGCUCCGCAGUCCUCAGAGGCCCUGCUGGUACCCAGACCCCCAUCGCCCGAGGGGACUUCGUGUUCCAUGUAUGUUUUGCAUCUCGAUUUAUACCUCUGUCCUGCCAGGUCUCCCACCUCCCCUGGGCUCCAAAAGCCAGGGUGUCUUUGUCCAGGUCACCCCCUCUCAGUCUCACUCCCCUUCCUCGUCCCCAGCUGUGUCUCCCAGCCCCCACUACCUUCUGUGUUGUUUUGCAUGGCUUUGCAGUUAUGGAGAAAGUGGAACCCAGGCAGCCCCUAAAACUAGUCCCCAGAGGGCAGGACAGGAAGAAAGGACAGGCGAGAAGAGCGAGAGAGAGGGAGAGAGGGAGUGGGGGAGGCGAAGCUCCCUGUCUGCGGGGCGGGGCGCUGGCAGGUGAGCCUAACUGGCCUCUCCUGGCGGCCUCGUCCUGGGGAGGGGGGCGCCUUCCAGACACUGCCCUUGGAAUCUGAGACAGAAAACUCGGAGUUGCCAUUCCUGGCUGCUGCUGCCACCGAUCACCAACUCUUACAUUUGUAGGGUGAUUUUUAGCCUCCAAAAACUAAGUCUUGCCUACUCAUUGGUUUGAGUCUCACAGCAUCCUACUUAGGUCACCCGGGCAAGAGUUCUUAUCCCCAUUUUACCAGUGAGACGCGAAAUGACUUUCCCAAGGUGAUACGGAUGGCAAAAGGAAAGGAGAACAAGAACCCGCCUGCUUGUCCUAGCCCAAGUGCUCUUCCCUUGUGGCCCAGCCCACUUCCGGAAGCAGAGCUCCUCCCUGCGUGCCCAGGGUCCUCCGAGAGCUGGGCUUAAGGCAGACCAAGAAGCCCUGCCGGGCCCUGCUGAGGCUCAGCCUCACCACACUGACCCCGGAUGCCUCUAGGCUGCCUGCUUACCAACACAGAGGUCUGGGAGACCCAGAUGAGCAGGGCUGGGUCUCCUGGGCCACAGGCCAGCUCUGAGAGUUUGAGAACCAUCCAGGGCAGCCAAGAGAGCUGGCAGGAACAUCAACUGGGACAUGAUCCCUGCCUACAGCCAGUGUAGGUACUUGUGUCCCAAAAAGCAGAGCUUAGCUGCAGCUGCAGGCAAAACACUCCUGCCUCUAGGGGCCUGGGCCUGGCGAGCCUUUGCCUCCCGUGCCUGCAGCUCAGGAGCUCAGGGCAAGCAGCGGAUGGAGGCGCUGUGCUAGCCCACUCCACAGCUGGAGCUGGUGUAGGGCUGGGGCAGCCUCACAGGCGGCAAGGGUCCUCUACCCCGCAGAGCUGCCUUCCUGUGCUGCCUGGCCAGCUCCUCCAUGCUGGCCAGCCAGCCCAGCCCUGGUGUCCAUCUAGGAAGCCUGAGGGAGGGACCUAUGGUGUGGUCAGCCUCAGGCUAUGGCUAUGGCUUCUAGCCUCUGGGGACCUCAGAGGAAGAAGCCCCAGUGCAGAGUGGAGGAGCUGGCUGCCGUGUGCCACCAGCAGGAGGCCUAGAGCCCGGAAAGGUGCCCUCUGUGUUCAUGUUGGGAGUGGGGCAGUGCUGGCUGCCCCUGUCCUGUGUGUGACCCUGCCCUCGAGGGUCAAGUCCUGUCAGACGUCAGACCCGAGGGAGCCACAACCAAAGCUGCAGAGAGGUGGGAAGGAAGCGGAGCGGCCCGGGGCAGAGCGUGGCAGACUGCUGGUCUCUGGCUGGGUCUUUCCUGGAGAACUGGAAGGCCAGUGUCACUUCCCUUCUCACCCCUUCAACUGCAGGCAGCCUUUCUGCUUCCCCGAUGCCUUAUGCCUGGGCACACUGCCACAGAAUAUGCAAUAUGUGUGGGUGACAUGCCCCACACCCACACCCCACCCGGGCAGCCCCUGAACUCCCCAGGCUGUGGCUGCCAGGCCCCCCUCAGCGCCCCCUGCCUAUCUGUCUUCACACUGAGAAUGGCGCCUAAUAAAUACUGUCCAUGGAGACCAGG